AUGAGCAGCAGCGGCACAGCACCACACCCAGAUGAUGGCCAGGGCCUCCUGCCAGAUGAGUCAUUGCUGGGGGCAGACAACAACCCCGCGCGCAACCUGGAUGCCGCUUACUCCUCCGCCGGCCGGCAGUGGAGCGCGGCCGUCACCUGGCAGAGGGCCCUCAAGGCGUCCCCAAAGGCGGCGUGCGUGGGCACAUCAAAGGACUCCCUGUGCUCCUCUAGUGUCGGCGCAGGUGUGGCGCUGCGCCUCUUGCGUUUGAAGCAGCCGGCCGGCGGCGUGAUCGCUGGCAACUCUGAGAAGCUGGCAACCCUGAUGUUUGCGACGUCACCCGCCGCCUACAGCUCCCUGGAGCCGCGUGACGUCCCCUACCGCAUCAUAUCACCCCCACGGUCCCAGGGCGAAUGCCAGACCUGUACAGCAUUCGUCGCCGUGGCGGGCGCAGAGGCUGCAGCUGCGAGCGCCCUGGGCCAGGACGUUGCGAACAUUGGGCAGCUGUCCCCACAGGACCUCUACUAUUGUGGUGACGAGCGGACCUCAUGCGACACGGGUGCUUCGCUGAAGGCCACCCUGGGGCAGCUUGAGAAGCGGCCGAAUCUGAAGCUGGAGAAGUGCAUGCCGUACCAGCAGCCCGACCUGCAGGGCGACGUGACGCGGAACAGCCUCUGCACCACAAAAUGCACCGACACCAGCCCCCUUAUAUCCAAGGGCAGAUUCGACUUCGUGCCCAUCGCGCAGCUGUGGAAGGCGCAGCAGCACAUUCGAAGGCACGGCGCUGUGGCAACACGCUUCGACGUGUACAGUGACUUCAAGCCGUUCUUUGCCAACCCCAAAAACGCUGGAGCGGUGUACCGGCCGUCACCAGGCAUCAAGCCUGACAUUGCACACGCAAUCCUGCUGGUCGGGUAUGACAACGUCAACCAGUUUUGGAUAGCGCGCAACUCCUGGGGCCCAGGUUUCGCUCAGAACGGCAACUUCAGGGUCGCGUUCGGCGUGGCAGGCGUGCUGACCCCAGGGGACACCUUUGGGGUUGUGUUCUUCCCGGGGCCAGGGGCGCCCACGCGGCCCCCUCCCAAGUUGUUGCCCGCGCCCAACCUGCCGAAGGGCUGCAGCUAUUACGUGGUGGGUGGAGGGCUCCAGGUCACCCGGCUGGGUCAUGCAGUGUGGGGGCAGUAG